AUGGAUCCCCGUGAAGUGGCUAUACAAUCUGCUAUCGCUGAUCUCAAUUCUGGUGUUUUUACAAGCCAACGGCAGGCUGCCAAGGCCUAUGGCGUCCCCCGAUCAACGAUCCAAGAGCGCCUCAGCGGUCGCCAACCCAACGCGAUAGCUCAUCAUCAACAGCAGCGAUUGACUCCAGAACAAGAGCAAUUUCUAGUAAAUUGGAUACUUGAAGAGGACUCACGCGCACAGCCACCCUCCCAUCCACGCGUACGAGAAAUGGCUACCCUUAUCCUCCACAUGAACGGCGACUACGAGCCACUCGGGCAUAAAUGGGUAACCCAUUUCAUCACGCGUAACCCACGCGUCGCCUCUAUAGUUGGCCGAAAGAUUGAGAGCGCAAGGACUACAGCAGCCAACUAUGAGACUAUACGCGCGUUUCUAGAGUUGUUUGAGCGUACGCGGAUUAAGCUGGGUAUACAAUAUGAGGACAUAUGGAACAUGGAUGAGACUGGGGUAGGCCUUGGGGUAUGUAGCAACUCCCGUGUGGUUGCUAGCUCGUCAAAGAAGAAGGCUUACGUCAAAUCCCCAGAGGAUCGUGAGUGGGUGUCUAUUAUUGAGUCCAUCUCAGCCGUUGGCAAGAAGCUUCAAUGCCUAGUCAUCUUCAAAGGCAAGCAUCUACAAUCCACGUAG